CCACUAUAUUGCAAUCUAAUUCAACAGGCAUAAAGAAAAUAGUAUAAUCAAUAGCCUACAUUUACCAUCCACCCUGGGUUCUGGGCUAUGUCUCAGGAUAGCGAGUCGGCAGACACUGAACCAAUAGAACUUGAGACCCAGCUGAACCCCACAGUAGAGCAGAAUCAGGAGCAGGACCUGCAGGCCUUACUGGACCAGUUGCACCAGGAGAGAGACAGUCUGAACAGACUGGUGCAGAAGCUCAGCCGCACAGAGAGAGAGCAGGUCCUGUUCACAGAGCCAGGCGGCAGGGGGAAACGUGGCUCUCAUCUGGACAGCUUCUUGCGGAGCGUGGAGGAGGAGAGGGACUACUACAGACAGGAAGCAGACAGCCUGAGGAGGAUGCUGAGGGGCAGGUGCUCCUGUAGCCCCUGUCGGGGGCACCUCCAGAGCCGCAGCCCCACCCGCCAGUCCCCUGUCAAGGGGGUCAGCUAUGAUUCUGAGCUGAUGAGGGUCUUGAGAGAGCGGGACGAGAUGCAGAACAUGCUGGAUAAGUAUGAGCGCCACCUGUCAGAGAUCCAGGCCAACGUGAAAGUUCUGACUGUCGACAGAGACAAGACCAGCAUGCACUAUCAGCAGGCCCAGCAGGAGAUAGCAUCGCUGCUUCGCGAGGUACUGAAAUCCAAGUCGUCGCGCGCAGAUAAGAGCAGUGUCACUGUGUCAGCUCAGAGCAUCCUGAAGCGCGUGGAGGCGGAGAGAGACGAGGCCAAGGUCGACCUCCACCGUAUGAGCACAGAGAGGGACAGUCUGAGGGAGAGACUCAAGAUCUCUCAGGAGACAGCCAUCAGUGAGAGGGCUCAUCUGGAGCAGAGGGUGGAGGACCUGCAGACAGCCAUUCUCACUCUGGAACAUGAACGGGGGGACCAGAAGAGCCGUCUUGCCCUGAUGAGGGAGUCCAUGAUGGUGCUAGAGGAGGAGGUCCACACCCUGGGCAGGAAGCUGACCGCUGCUGAGGACGAACACAGCAGGACCAGGAACGAGUGUGUCAUGCUGAGACUGUCCAACAGUGAGACACAGAACGCCCUGAGUGACAGCCAGCGCAGACUGACCUCCCGCAUCGGAGAACUACAGAACUCCCAGGAGAGGAACAAACUGCUGGACGAGAAGAACGACUCUCUACUGAGGCAGAUGUCUGGUCUAAGAGAGGAGGUGAGCAGUCUACAGUCCACCAUCACUGACCUGGACCAGAGGAGAGACUCCCUGCAGGAGCAGCUGGAGAACAAGACUGACCUCCUUAACUCAGCCCACAACCAGCUGGACGACAACGAGAAAACCAUCAGGAAUCUCAGGUUGUCCAUUGAGGAUCUGGAGACAUCAGCAGAGAGCGUUCGUGAGGAGCUGGCAGGGCGGGAGAGGGAGCUGGAGGCUUUGAGGAGGAGGCUGGGGGAUGCGGGGGAGGAGCUGGGGGCUUUGGCCAAGGUGAAGGAUUCCACCCUGAGGGAGAAUGCUCAACUCCGAGAGGAACUGGACAGGAGCCGCCUCAACAACCAGGCCCUGGAGCUGAAUUCUGAGGACUCUGCCCAGGAGGUGCAUGAGCUGCAGAGGAAGGUACAGGACUAUGUGGCUGACAUCUCCCGCAUCGAGAACCUGCUGUCCACCAAGGAGCGGGAGUGCAGGGAGCACCAGGAGGCUCGGCGGCGUGCGUCGGCCCAGGCCGAGAGCUGGGAGGGGCAGGCGCGGCAGGCAGAGGAGAGCAUCAGCGAGCUGAGGCUGGAGCUGAUGUCCUCAGACAUGGAGAGACGCAGACUCAAGGAGAAGGUGGAGGCUCUGGAUGCCAGUCUGCAGGAGGCGUUGUCUGCAGAGCGGAGCUGCAGCAGCCAGGUGUCUCAGCUUAACAGGAGUCUGCUGCACACUGAGGAGCAGUUGAGACAGGCCCAGGGGGAACACACCGCCACUCAGACUGACCUGGAGAAGACCAGGGAGCUCUGUGUCAAACUGGACGCCAGCAAGGAGGCUGUGCAGUGUGAGCUGGAGCUGCUCAGGAAGCAGCUUUCCAGUGAGCGUCUGAGCAUGAAGAGUCUGGAAUCCAUGCUGGUGUCCACCAGGGAGAAGGAGCUACACCGACAGCUCAGCUCCCAGGAGAGACACACGGAGAUCCAGCUGCUCAGGGACAAACUCACCGCGGCCGACAGCAAGGCGAGCGCUCAGCGUAGAGAGGUGGCUACAUUGAGUACUCGUUCGGCACAGCUAGAGGCUGACCUGGACAUGACCAAAAGACAGCUAUCUACUGAGCGGUUUGAGAGGGAGAGGGCAGUGCAGGAGCUGCGUCGUCAGGGUCUGUCGUCAUCGUCCUCUGGCCUGCAUCCCUCCUCCCUUCACCUGCGUCGCUCCCUCAGCCCCAGCAGGCCCCUGUGGUCCACCGCAGACCACCUGGCCAGAGAGAGAUCCCCAGAGAGGAGCCUGGGGUUCAAGGACCUCUACGACUGAACAGAUCUCUCUCUGGAGGAAAGACAACCCAACCUUCUCUCUAGUCCUCACUGUGCUAUGAUGUCAUUCUUCAACUCAAACCCUGUGAUGUCAUGAUCAGGACCUCAGGUUCAGAACAACCCUCCUAGACCGGAAAUAGUUUCAACAAGUGUUAUCUCAAAUGUAUUUUUUAUAAAAUUUUACAAAUGAACUGACAUCACUGUGUUUGGUUGUGUGUAUUGAUCUGUAAAAUGAGUGACCAUUCAGUAUAUUUUUGAUGAAGAUUUGAUUCAAAUGAAAUACAGCUAAAAGAGGGAAAUUAUGUUCUUUCAUUAAUGUAUUACAUUUUUUGUAAAUUGUCUGAGA